AUGGUUAAAGAGAAGGCCGAGAAGACGAGCUACCAGCUCAAAGUCCCCAAGGGCACCAAAGAUUGGGAUGGCAUUGACAUGGUUAUCCGCGACCAAAUCUUCGACACAAUCAAAAAGGUCUUCAAGCGUCACGGUGGUCGGACGAUCGAUACACCUGUCUUUGAGCUGAAGGAGAUUCUUUCGGGCAAGUAUGGCGAAGACAGCAAACUCAUCUACGACCUUGCCGACCAAGGCGGCGAACUCUGCUCCCUCCGAUACGAUCUCACUGUUCCGUUCGCACGAUGGCUCGCCAUGAACUCCAGUGUUUCCAGCAUCUCUCGAUACCAGAUUGCGAAAGUCUACCGACGCGAUCAGCCUGCUAUGACAAAAGGACGUAUGCGCGAAUUCUACCAAUGCGACUUCGACAUGGCUGGAGUGUACGACCAGAUGGCAGCGGACAGCAAGGUUCUGACAAUCACAUCACAAGUCUUUGAGGCGCUAGGAUGGAAUGGGAGGUACACGAUCAAGAUCAACCACCGCAAGAUUCUUGACGGUAUCUUCGAGGUGUGUGGUGUUCCGGAAGAGAAGUUGCGAACGAUUUCAUCGGCGGUAGACAAGCUGGACAAACUGCCGUGGGCAGAGGUGCGAAAAGAGAUGACAGAAGAGAAGGGCCUUGAUCCCGAGGUGGCAGAUCGGAUAGGAGAGUAUGCGGUGCAGAAAGGCGGCGUCGACUUGCUUGAGAAACUACAAAAGGACGAGAAGCUUGCGGCCAAUGCCUCCGCGAGUGCCGGUCUCGCAGACAUGGCACUGCUGUUUGAAUACCUUCAACCUUGGGGUGUGAUGCCGAACAUCUCCUUCGACAUGUCUCUUGCCCGCGGUCUCGAUUACUACACCGGCGUCAUCUACGAGGUCAUCACCGAAGGCUCCGCAGGUAAAUCAAAAGACUCAUCAAAACCCGACUCAUCAAAACCCAGAAAGCCCGUCGAUGCAGAUGAAGACCGGUCCAACGAUCCCUCCGUCGGCGUCGGCUCUGUCGCAGCAGGAGGUCGCUACGACAACCUCGUCGGCAUGUUCUCGGGCAAGCAGCAAAUCCCCUGCGUUGGUAUCUCCUUCGGCGUGGAACGCAUCUUCAGCAUCACAAAGCAACGUCUUGCCGCUGCAUCAGCAUCACUUCAACCACGUCUUUCGGCAGCAGAUGUCUACGUCAUGGCGUUCGGUGGCAAGGGUUUCACAGGUAUGUGGCCGGAGCGACAAACUGUGGUGAAGAAGCUAUGGGACGCGGACAUCAACGCGGAGUUGCAGUUGAAGAUCAAGCCGAAGUUACCGCAGCAGUUCAAGGCCGCGGAGACAUUGGGCGUGCCGUUCGUGGUGAUCCUGGGCGAGGAAGAGCAGGCGAAGGGAAUGUGUAAGGUGAAGGAAAUGGGACUGCCGGAGGGUCACCCAGAGAAGGAUGGUGUGGAAGUACAACUAGACGGGUUGGCGGACGAGGUGAAGAGGAGGCUAGAGAAGUGGAGGGCGGAGAAGGAGGUCGUGAGUGGCUUGCAGGCUCUGGGGAUGCAGUAG